UCUGUGACUUGUUUGAUGCCGUUCCGAACCAAAUAACAAUCAAUAACUGAAAAAAUCGUCUGCAAAAUGCUCAAGGUGUAACUAAUACCCUAUUCUGGUUUUGCGCCCACAAAGGGGGCACUUCGAUAUUUGCCAUCCUGUUUUACUAGUUGGGCGGCUCGAUUGACUCUCCUCUUGGCCACAACAUCCUCUGCACUUGCUGAUUCGCGAUGUCUAAUCGAUUCAAGUUUUCUAAAAGGACUGAGCCUCCCGGUGACCCAUCGAACCCUGUUCCCAACCUCCAGAUCACUUCUUCUCCAACUCAAAGCGAUGCAACAACUAACACAGAUCACGGUGGAUCUGAUAGAUUCCGUCUUGAGCCUCUUACCACUACUGGUGGUAGUUCUCGAGGCCGGAAGCAGCGGAGGUCUAUUCGGCACACUCUAGCCAAGCUGUUGAGCAGAAGUCCCAGUCCCGAUCCCAGACAACCGGACCCCUCUACGCCCGAUCCGCCAUCGCUUAAUCUAUCACCAUCACCCGUUCUCCCUGGGGGGGCCAUUGAUAUUUCUCGCAUGAUUCCCAGCGGGAACUUGGAUGCCCCAUCGUCAAUAGAUCAUGAUCGAACACCGUCAUCUUCAGCCGUCACUGCUGGUGAAGGAAAGAAAACAAUCAUCGCCACCACAAGGCUCGUCCUCCAAACUGCCGCGACUGCUCUCAAGUUAGCUCCCAUUCCGAAUCUCGACCAGAUACCAAAUACACUCCUAUCGUGGCUCCAAGUUUACGAGACCAUCGGCAACAAUGACGAAAAUCUCAAGGGAUUAGACGAUGAAGUUCGUAACGCUCACGAAACGAUCUUUAGGCCUCUCCAGUUGUGGACUGGCCAAUUCCCUCUCGAGAUAGAAAAUUGAGGCACUCAAACGUCAAAGGCUUACCAAGAGGAUAAUUUCAGCGACUGAGAUAACCCAGGAAAUAAGUGCCGUGAAGUUGUG